AUGGAGGCCGAAGGUGAUGGCGAGCAGGCAUGGAUCAUCUCUCACUCUCCUCGCAUAUCUGGAUGGCAACAUGUCAUAGACUACAUUGAGGAUUGGCCAUGUGCUUCUACCUUUUGCCCCGUACAGGGGGAAUCAGGAGAUAUAGUUAUUUCAGAGUUUGUGGAGAAAAUUUGUGCCAUAACUCCUCCUCAAAGAGACAGUCCUUAUCAAGAUAGUUGCCUUUGGAGUGGAACUUUGACUGGCCAAUUCACUAUUGAUAGCUCUUAUGAGCUUCAAAACUCCACUUAUCAGGAUGCGAAGGAAAAGCAGUGGCGCAAGAUUUGGAAGCUUGAAGUUUCUGAAAGAAUUAGACAUCUUAUUUGGCUGGUUCAGAAUAAAGGAUUAAAAACUAAAUUGUACUCCAACCUAGGUUCUCCUUGUAUGGAUUGGUCUGCUAUUUUGGCCACUGCUUGUUAUAAGAUUUGGCAGUGGAGGAAUCAAAAACUUCACAAUUCUGGUUAUGUGUUUCCUGUGAUGUUGGCUAGUGACAUUCAUCUUUCUCAUGGCCAGUACAAAUGUGUUAUGGCGUUGCAUAAGAAGGUAGUAAGCAAUUCCAAGCCUAGGGUUGUUGCGAGGUGGGCGCCUGCUAAAGAGAUUUGGUUGAUUGUUAACACAGAUAGUGCAGCUAGUAGUAAUUGUAUAGCUGGGUGCGGUGGUCUUAUAAGGAAUGAUAAAGGUGACGGGUUAGGGGGUUUUGCCAAGUACAUUGGUAACUGCAAUGCCCUUAUUGUUGAAUUUUGUGGAGUUCAUGAAGGAAUCAGAUUGGUCAAAAACUAUAGUAUUAAAAAUGUUGAGUUUCAGGUGGACAAUGUGGAAGUUUUAAAAGUUAUUACUAGUUAUAAACUUCAUAGAAAAUUUGGGUUGAACAUGGUUCAUAAAAUUCAAGAUGACCGACCUCAAAGGCUUACAAAAUUUUCGUGUUAA